CCGUCCCUCCGUAGACCUACAAGCCUGAACGGCGACGGAACGUGCUUUUCCCUUGAUCAGUAUCAGGGAACCAGGAUGAUCUUCAUGCUCUGAUUUAAACCCCUAAAUUAUAACAGUCGCCAAAAUGGAGUCUCCUACGCCUGAUCUCAACCACGAAGCUUCUUCUCCUCACCGGGCUAUGGUGUCAAGUAAAGAAGAUGAUUUGUUGACAUUGAAGAGAAAGAAAGGAGAUCACAGGAAGGUGGAAGGGAGCAAGAAAAAGAAUAAAAGGGGAGCUGCGUAUAUUCGGCCAGCUUGUUCUUGGGUGCAUUUUAGCGGUGAAUUUAUUAAAGAGUACAGUGCUUCACAUCCUGAAUCAUCUGGCCUGAAAGCUGCCACAAAAGCAGCAUCAGAUGCUUGGAAGUUGAUGAUCCUUGAAGAGAAAGCAAAAUACACAAAUCGAGCCCGCAAAGUAUGGGAUGAACACUUGAGCUCUGCCCCGCCUCAUUCUCCAAAGCAAAAGAAACAGGGAAACAACCUUCUUGUUUUGAGUCCUGACUCAAGGAGUACUCUUCGUGUGACUGAAGAAGAAAUGGGCAUGAGCUAAUACAAAGUAAAGGAAAGUAUGGCAAGUUUAAAUUGCAGGCCUUUCACUAAAUAUAUGUCCUUUUUUAUUUGGCAUAUUCUUACAUAGUAAUAUAACCCCCCCAGACAGCAUAGUAAAUGCCUAAAGGCCCU